CGAGACUUGGUCGCAGUCGCUCCCGGCUCACGGCUCCUUGCUGCACGCCGUAUGCUGUCGCCCGCACCACAAGUCCACGACCAGCACUCCCUUCAUAGACCCCCCUCCGGCGAAUCCCUCACCAAUCCAGCGUUCACACGUCCUUCUUGCUUCAGUCCACUCCAAGGUUAGGUGGACAAUAUGUCAAGCUCUAACCAGAUGUGUUCUGAUGGCAAGUUUGGGAGAGGUCCUCGGGAGCUUAGUGGUGCUGUGGACUUAAUUAGUCGCUACAAGCUGCUGAAUCAUCAUAGUUUCUUUUGCAAGAAGCCUUUGCCAUUGGCAAUUUCAGAUACAAAUUACCUUAACAAUGUUGUGGGUGACACAGAAAUUCGUAAGGGGGAAGGGAUGGAGUUGGACCAACUCUUUCAGAACUCAUGUUCAAGUGAGAAGACUGCUUACAUUCAGCCAUUUGACAUGGAAACACUAGGACAAGCAUUUCAGCUGCGAGAAACUGCACCAGUAGACUUGCCUUCUGCUGAAAAAGGUACACCAACCAUAUCUGGGAAAUCCAAGGUCAAGUCCAAGGAUAAAGUGAAGAAACAUAAGAAACACAAAGAGAAAGAUAGAGACAAGGAGAAGGAGCAGAAGAAACACAAACAUCGGCAUAAAGAUCGGAGUAAAGAUAAAGAUAAAGAUAAGGACAAAGACAAAGAAAAGAAAAAGGACAAGAGUGGGAAUCAUGAUUUAGGUGGUGAUCAUUCCAAGAAACAUGAGAAGAAGAGAAAGCAAGAAGUAACUGGAAGUUCAGCAAAUGUCCAAAAUCACAAGAAAACACAAAAGCACAAAAUUCAGUGAAAUUUAUGAUGGACUUCGUUAAUUGUCAGCAGUGCAUGUUUCUAUUUUAGUUCAACUCCAUUUAUGUUGUUAAUGAGUGGCUCUGAAGUGUUCCUUUUCCAUAUCUUUUCUGGCAAAGACGCAGUUAUCACAGAUGGAAAAUAUUUAAUACUACGACUGCUACAGAGGAAACAAGAUACCUGUACUGAUGGAAUAUGAGUCGUGUAUUAUUCCUUGGGAACUUGAACUUAUCAUAUGGAGUUGUAAAUUAUUUUGUCAUUUCGACUUAUGUUCACUUCAUCAUUGCCUUGUAUGAUCAUGUAAUUCAGAGACCGCAGAGCAAAGGUGGGCUGGGGCUUAGGGCUUAUUUGGAAACAAAGUAUUUUAAAACUAUAGUUUUGGAAUAAUAUGGUUUUAAGAUGUUAUGACAUAAUCGUAGUAUAUUUUACAUGACUCUUAACAAU